CAUUUCGCGUGCUCCCUUCCCUUGUCAACGCAACAUGGCGCACCCGCAGCCGAAGCCGACCGCCAUGUAUCGGCUCCCGCCCGAGCUUUUGCUGCAGAUAACUGAUCACCUUCGACCCGAAACUGCUUCCGACCUGGUACAUCUACGUAAUCUGUGUUUGGUUUCCAGGAAGCUUUUACCCAUUGCACGAGAGCAGCUCUAUGCGAAUGCAGAACUCUCAACCUCUUGUGGGUGCCAUCCUACCGUCAACUCUGCGCUCCAGCUUCUGCGCACCUUGCUUGAACAUCCAGCGCUCGUACACCACGUGAAGGCGCUCCGAUUCUCGGUGGUUCGGCGCAAUGUCGGCAAGCUUUACCAAGACGAAUACCCCAACAAACAUCUUGACCUACCGGCUCUUCGAGACCUUUGCGCUGGUCAACUCGCCAACCUUGGUUAUUCCGAAGAGCAUCCGUGGAUGGUUUCGCUUAGAAAUAACGUUGAAUCCGCGUAUGCUGGAUUGCUUCUCUGCAUCCUACCCAACCUCGCGAAGUUACAAUAUGCCGUGAAGGAGCUCCACCGUGGCUGUGGCGUCGUGGAUCCCAUCCCGGCUUUCUUCGCAACUUGCUAUCCGCCUGCCACCCUCGCAAGUGCCUUCAAGGCCAAUCUCCAGGAGCUGUGCAUGUCGGACUUGACUUUCUUACGUUCCUUUACUUUCGAUAACUUGAAUGCCCUCCGAAUAACCUCUGUCACCGUACAGACUUUGUUACAGUUGAACGGUCCCAAUACAUUUCGAGGGACUGCGAGGUUGUCAGAGCUAUGUGUAGGACUAUCGGUGUACCUAAUGGAUAAAGACUGUAUCAACGAUAUGCAGGUUGACUUCCGCGAUCUCAUCGACGCUCUUGGAUGUGAUCGACUUUCUACUCUUAAAGUCAAGCUCGAGCAUGAAUCUUACUGUCUCAUUCAUAGCCCAAUCUUCGACGUUCAGCUACUGGUGGAUCAACUCUCUAGUCUCCAGUCUACACUCAAAGUUCUAGAGAUAGACUUGGAUCCCUUGGAUGACACUGAUGAGUGGAACUACGUAUUAAAACACUGCAAGAAUGUCGGCUCGUCAAUGGACAAGUUCAGGAAGCUGGAGCUUCUCAAGAUUCCGCAAGACUUUCUCUUCGGCGAUAUAGAAUCCGAGUACAAGAUCAUGCCUUCAGACCUCCCUAAGAAACUUCGCCGUCUUGAGAUCAUUUGCCCCGACGAGGACAUCGUUCCAUGGGCCAAAUUUAUUCUCAACGCGCCAGACGAGCUCGAGGACCUGCGAGAAUUGUUCCUACGCUGUCGGGAUGAAGUCAAAACUCCAGCCUCGACCUUUUCGACCGGAGUCAAACCGGUGUGGCCAGACUUGCUCUUCAUGUGCGAUAUCACGAGCUACAUUAUCGAUUUAACAGCAAACACGACCAAGAGCCUUCCGACACUCUAUGAGGAUGACCCUGGGGAGAGUGAUGAUGAGGACGAAGAAUCGGAGCAUGGUCUGGACGAAGUCGACAAGAGGGAGAGCGACAGCGGAGAUUCUGAAGAUGAAAGUGACGAAGAUAUGCCAGAUUUGGAGCCUUUCGAAGCGUUUCCCAGCAUAUUGACAGACGACCUGGACUAAAGUCGCAGCCGGCUCGGAAUCCAGCUGGGCCAUCCCUCAGUCCAUUCCGUGUGGUAUGCAAUCACAAAAGGGUCUCCUGAAGAGACAUAACGGGAGCUGCGGGGGAUUCGAGCAACAUCAGUAAAGUGCCUCCUCGUUACCUUUGGCACUUGUUAGAAAUCUUGAUAUGACUUACGAACCGAGCACCGCGAUACAAGUAAUCAGACAACUCUAUAUGUAUAACGACUUUAAUGUGUAAUGAUACGAAUGGUAUAACGACUGAAUGUGAUACGAC